AUGGUGGACACCAUCAAGGUCCGCCUCCAGACACAAGUGGCCGGCGCCGAGAUGUACUCGGGCAUGAUGGACUGUGCUCGCAAGACACUGGCGGAAGAGGGCCUGGCUGGCCUGUACAAGGGCGCCGCCUCGCCGCUGGCAGGCGCCGCCGCCCAUAACGCCUUCCUCUUCCUCAUCAACGGCCUCGCCAAGUCGUGGCUCCUCUCGCUCAAGCCGCCCCGCGCCGAGGGCGACCCGCCGCACACCCUCUCGGUCGCCGAUCAGUUUGCUGCAGGCGCCAUCGCCGGCGGCUUCAUCUCCAUCGUCGAGACGCCCAUCGACCUGUUCAAGGUCAAGCUGCAGGUCCAGCGCGGUGCCAAGGAUGCUGUUGGUCACGAGUACUCGGGCGUCUUUGACGCUGCCGGCAAGGUCUUCCGCGCGCACGGCAUCCGUGGCUGGUACCAGGGCGUCACCGCCACCAUCGCUCGCAACGUCCCGGCAUUCUCGCUCUACUUUGGUUCGUUCAACUGGGCUACAAAGACCCUGACUGCCCCGGACGAGCGCCCCACCGUGCUCACCUCGUUCCUCGCCGGAUCGCUCGCUGGCGGCAUGUUUUGGGCUCCAAUCUACCCGCUCGAAAUGGUCAAGACCGUCAUGCAGUCGCAGCCGUCCGAGCCUGCUGCUCGCAAGUACGCCUCCACCAUCGCCGCCACCCGUGGCAUCCUCGCAGACUCAGGCAUUGCCGGUUUCUACCGCGGCUACUUGCCUGCUGUCAUUCGUGCCGUCCCGGUCAACGGCGCCAUCUUUGCCGGCUUUGCCUUUACGAAGCGCAUCCUCGAUGGCAACUCGGACGACGACAUGCACUAGCUCUCCUGCAUAUAUCAUUAACAAGAAGCCGCGCCCU